AAAAUUGUGAACGAUUAUGAAAUGAUUCGACCUCAUUCACAGCUUCCGAAGCCGGAGGCGCCGCCGGGGGUUAUUGGAAGGUCGCGAUCCUUGCCGGAGAAAUUCGAUUCCCCGACGGAUUCACCGGCGGCGACGAUCGGGAAGUUUUUUCGGGAGAAGAGCAACAGCGUCUCGGUGGCGAUUACGAAGCGCAUAUCGUCGCUCAGAAAGGACGAAGACGGCGGCGCCGCCGGCGGCGGAGGCGGCGUGAAGGAGUUCAAUCUGGUGGGUUUGAAAGUGAUUAAGGCUUUGAAGGGGGAGGGGAAGGAGCUGAAGGGGAGAAUAAGCUUCUUCUCGCGGUCAAACUGCAGAGACAGCGGCGCCGUCCGGUCGUUCCUGCGGGGGAGGAAUUUGAAUUUCGUGGAGAUCAACGUCGACGUGUACCCGGGGAGAGAGAAGGAGUUGAGAGAGAGGACCGGCGGAGUGGCCGUGCCGCAGAUUUUCUUCAACGAGAAGCUGAUCGGAGGACUGGUGGUGCUCAACUCGUUGCGGAACGGCGGGUUGCUGGACGCGAAGAUGGAGGAGAUUCUGGGGAGCAAGUGCCCCGAGGAUGCGCCGGCGCCGCCGGUAUACGGUUUCAACGACGCGGAUGAGGUGGUGGAGGCGGCGGAUGAGAUGGCGGAGGUAGUUAGGGUUGUGGGGCAGAGGGUUCCGAUACAGGACAGAAUUAUGAAGAUGAAAUUUGUGAAGAAUUGCUUCUCCGGCGCCGAGCUUGUCGAAGCUCUCAUACACCACUUUGAUUGCGGACGUAAAAAGGCCAUCGAGAUUGGGAAGAAGAUGGCAAGAAAGCAUUUCAUUCAUCACGUUUUCGGGUAAGAACACGACCUUCACAUAUUCCCCCGAAAAAAGAAAACUUUUUUUUGAACCACAGAAUAU